AUGUUCCGAUUAUUUCUUGCCUUAAGUUGCAUUUUUAUCCUGAGUGCUUUUGCAGUCUCAAAGAACCAAACGGUAAGUGGGAAUAUUUUGUCAGUAACUCAGCAAAGUCAGUGUGCAAAGUCUGUUUCGAAGGACAGUUGUUCCUGCCGCGACGGUAGAGACGGCAGAGAGGGUCGAAACGGAAGAGAUGGCCGCGAUGGACGCGACGGGAAAAUGGGAACAAAGGGAGAUAAAGGAGAACGAGGACCGAAGGGAAACGACGGAAUGAACGGCUUAAAGGGUCAAAAAGGCGAAACCGGUCUGGCUGGUAAAUCACAAGGUGCCAUCAAGUUUGGUGACACCGCUGAGAAAUGUACUCUGCGAACUGCUGGCACUGUUCGUUACAAUGCUUCCCAAAAUGCUUUGCAGCUCUGCGAUGGAAGCGCUUGGUUGCCACUUGUGACUGGAAAGAAAGGUCAUGUGGCUAAGACCUGGCCGUCACUGUACGGAGGUGGCAGUAAUGGUAACGGACUUUACUGGAUCGAUCCAAAUGGAGGCUCGACAAGUGACUCGUUCCAGGCUUUUUGCGACAUGGACACUGAGAGUGGAGGUUGGACACUAAUUGCCACGAAGGUGUCCCCAAGCUUCCUCUUCAUCAAAACAACAUUCUCAGCGUCAGCGGCAAAAACCACAGACGCAAAUACAGCAAGUCACAUUCACCCUGACAUGGGGGACUGGGGAGAAGUUAUGUUCCGGUUUAAUGACGUCAACACUAUCCGGGUUAUUUAUAACAGGAGGGCAGGCGCUCCAAAUAAGGACAAAACAGAAUUCGACAAGUUCCUGAUGGGGACAACUACCGCGAUAGCUAAAAACAUCUACGGGUUUUACAAGUACAGCCCGACAGAUCACAAUAAGAGAAAUCCCUCUUCUGGUUUUGCCACAAUAUCCCAGCUACACUUCUAUUCAAAUAACGGAAUAUCUGAACUUCACGCUGGCUCAGACAAGUGGAUUGACAUGUGGAAUAGUGCUGACAGCUCAAACAACUACGUCACUUCCGACGACAGCCGCGCGCGUGGUACCAAGUGUAUCGCGGGCUACUGUUAUCUGAACAAACCAAUCUGGGUGAUGGUGCGAUAGAAACAAACUGUAGUUGAAAACAAAGGAAAGGCGCUGUUAAGUUUCUGUAAGGUGUAGGGAUUUUAAAAAAAAAACUAUGUAAAGACAGUCAAGCUUUGUUGUAGUUGUACCAAGUGUUAUGAAACGGUAUUGGAUAUUGUAAGCUUGGUGAUU